GAGCCGUCCACCCUGCCGCCUGUCUGCCUCCUCGCUUUGUGCAUCGCUCCGUCCUCCCCCUGCGCGUGCGCGUCGUCGUCGUCCGUCCGUCCGUCCGAGGCGUCCACCCCGUCGAGCCCCUCCGCUCCCGGGCGCCCCGCGCUCGAUUCCGCGCGGCCAUGCGGCCAUCGAGCGCGCUUCAGGCGCCGUUGGUGCUGCUCGUUCUUCUCGCCCUGUUACGCGGCUGCCUUGGCAAGGCGUGCCACGGCUGUUCCUCAGGAUCGUCAUGCGACUGCAGUGGAGCGAAGGGAGACAAGGGUGCAUCAGGCCUCCCAGGCCUGCAGGGACCUCAGGGACUGCCAGGAUUUUCAGGGCCCGAGGGCCCACCUGGGCCAGAGGGCGGCAAGGGCGACCAGGGAGACACGGGCCACGCUGGGCCCAAGGGCUUCAGGGGAGCACCAGGAACCCCAGGGUUUCCAGGGACACCAGGCAUGCCGGGCCUCAAUGGACAAGACGGGCCCAUGGGGCCUCCCGGGAUCCCAGGAUGCAAUGGGACCAAGGGAGACGUUGGGCUGCCUGGUAGCAACGGAGCGCCUGGGCUAAUGGGACCUCGGGGAAUUCCUGGAUUGCCUGGAUUAAAGGGCGACCCCGGUGAUUUUCUGCCUGCGUUCCCGGGACAAAAGGGCGACUCAGGCCUUCCAGGCCUCCCCGGAAAUGCCGGCAAUCCUGGAGGUGUAGGGCUGCCGGGCCCCAUCGGGCCCCCAGGCCCUCCCGGAUUUCCAGGACCGUCAGGCCAGCCUGGGCCUCCAGGACCCAAGGGACACAUGGGGCUCAACUUCCAAGGCCCCAAAGGAGAUAAGGGGGAGUCAGGGCUGCAGGGUCCGCCGGGACCUCCCGGCCACAUCCGCGAGCAGCAGGGCAUCGUCGACAUCACCGACGGCUUCCAGAAGGGGCAGAAGGGUGAAGUGGGCGAGCCAGGCAAACCAGGCUUCGACGGUCAACCCGGGCCCCCGGGACGACCGGGCUUUGGUCAGAAGGGAGAGAAAGGUGACUUUGGAGAAGCUGGCAAGAGGGGGAAGCCAGGAAAGGAUGGGGAUUCAGGACUGCCAGGAAUCGAUGGAGAGCCUGGUAUCCCAGGGAUUCCCGGCAUUGACGGCCUGGAUGGCGAAAAGGGUCGGAAGGGAGACGCUGGCAUCGCAGGGCCUCCGGGAAAAGUGGUCUCGGUCGCCGGCAGCGGUGACGUCACCACCGCCCAGAAAGGGGACGUCGGAUUCCCGGGACCCCCCGGGGACAAAGGGGAGCGCGGGUUUCCAGGUCCCAUCGGUCUCCAGGGCACGCCUGGGCCUCCGGGCCCAUCGUCCAAGGGUUCUCCAGGCAUCCCAGGCCAGCCCGGGACUAGAGGGGACAAAGGUCUUCCAGGAGACCCAGGCCCCAUCAUCCCUGGAGCCAGGGGAGUGGAUGGUCAGCCAGGUCUCCCCGGGAAUCCGGGUAUCCCCGGACCACCUGGGCCUCCUGCUACGGUGCCUCCGGACUUUGGCAGCACUGGCAAGGGGAUCCCUGGGCCUCCGGGACAAGCGGGGCAUCCCGGUACUCCUGGCAUCGCCGGCAUUAAAGGGGACAAGGGGGCCACGUGCCAGUCGUGCGGUCAAGUGCCGGUGAGGACUUUGCCGGGCGUGCCGGGACCUCAAGGACCACCGGGGCCCCCCGGUCAGCCAGGGAGUCCAGGCGGCAGUGGGCCGAAGGGCGACAGCGGCUUCCCUGGCUCUCCCGGCUUACAGGGACCUCAGGGCAGCCCGGGGGUGCCGGGCCACCCCGGGGACUCUGGUGAGAAAGGGGAGCCCGGGGAUGCGUCCUCCUUCGAGGGGCUCGCCGGGGACAAGGGCGAGCCCGGCUCGUCGGGUAUGCCCGGGAGUCCGGGGGCCAGCGGCCUCCCUGGCCUCGACGGGCAGCCUGGGAGCCCAGGCCCAAAGGGGGACCCGGCACCGUUCGGAUUCAAGGGAGAGCAGGGCCCCCCGGGCUCCGCGGGGAUGCCGGGGACACCCGGGGAACGCGGCCCCCCAGGAUCUCCAGGAUUCGGGCCCUCGGGGCUUCCAGGGCAGAAGGGAACUGACGGAAUUCCGGGGCGGGCCGGGAUGGAAGGACCGACCGGUGGCAAGGGGGAGCCCGGCAGGACACUGGGCCAGCCGGGAUUCCCCGGCCUACCGGGCUCUCCUGGGGAAAUGGGACCCUCCGGCUCCCCAGGCAUGCCGGGGAUCCCCGGCACCCCGGGGCUGCAGGGGGAGCAGGGAGUGAAGGGUGACGCCGGCUUCCCUGGGUUCGGGAUGCCGGGGGCGACCGGGCAGAAAGGCGUGGUGGGCGUCCCGGGGCCUUCGGGAGGGCCGGGCGCGGCGGGCCGGCCGGGACAGGAUGGCACCCCAGGGCAGCCGGGCCCAGCGGGACCCAAGGGGGAGUCUGGCGUCGGAGCGCCGGGUCUCCGGGGACCACCGGGAGUGCCGGGCCAGGGCGGGUUGCCCGGCACGAAGGGGGAGCAGGGAUCCCCGGGCCUACCGGGGAUGCCCGGCCGGCCUGGCAUGGACGGCGUUCCCGGAAGCAGGGGGGAGGGGGGGUCUCCGGGCAUCCCCGGGCACCAAGGGCUUCCCGGCCUCAAGGGAUUUGGACAACCCGGGUCACCUGGCCUACCCGGCCAACCUGGCCCAACCGGCAAGGAAGGUUCUCCUGGCAUUGCUGGGAGCAAGGGUGACCCGGGCCCUCCGGGCCUAGACCUGACCGGGCCUCCCGGCGACAAGGGCAGCCCGGGCUUCCCUGGCGUGCCAGGCCAGAUGGGGCCGCCGGGUCCCAUGGGCGUCCCGGGGAAAGACGGGAUUCCUGGAAACUCGGGAGCCAAGGGGGAGAUGGGGGUCAUGGGAACUCCUGGGCCCCAAGGCCCCGUGGGGCAGGUGGGGGGUCCUGGCCUCGCUGGCCCCACAGGCAUCGCGGGUCAGCACGGGCCGCCGGGCGACGCGGGACACGGGGGCGCCAAAGGAGACAAGGGGGAGCGAGGACUCCCGGGGAGCCCCAUGACCAUUGCCGACAAGCAGCUGCUACAGGGCCCGAAGGGCGAGAAGGGACAGGAGGGGAAAUCGGGCCAGGCUGGGCAGAAGGGAUCACCGGGACCUCCGGGUUUGCCGGGGAACCCCGGGGCCGAGGGUCUCCGCGGCACGGACGGGAGCGCAGGGCCCAAGGGGAACCCGGGUUCUGACGGUUUCUCAGGGCAGCCAGGCCCACCUGGCCAGAAGGGCUCCAUGGGAGAGAUGGGCCUCCCAGGACCCAGUGGGGGUGUGGGGAUCCCUGGCCCCCCUGGGAAGCCAGGUUUGCCUGGCAGCCAGGGGCAGUUGGGACUCAAGGGAGACAAGGGGAACUCCGGCGCGCCUGGGAUAGGAGCUCCCGGGCUGCUCGGAGUUCAGGGAGAGCCAGGAAAGCCGGGCCAGCCAGGGGCUCCUGGACUCAAGGGGUCCACGGGCCUACCAGGGAUGCCCGGAGCUCCGGGGAAAGAUGGCCCCAAAGGAGAUGCGGGCAUCGGUGGCCUCCCAGGAGACAGUGGCAGGGAGGGUCCCAAAGGACAGGUUGGGCUCUCAGGCAGCCCUGGUCAACCAGGCCCCCCUGGGCCUCCAGGUAUCGGAGGACAGCCGGGAUUUCCUGGUUCUCCUGGGGAGAAGGGAUCCAUUGGCAGAGACGGAAUUCCCGGCACCAUCGGCAGCAGAGGGGAUCCAGGCCCUCCUGGCCUCGGGACGCCUGGACCCCCCGGUUCACCUGGCCACCCCGGCGAGAAGGGCGACCCCGGCAUUCCGGGCCACGUGGGCCCACCCGGGAUGCAGGGCCCCAAGGGCGAAGAGGGCCAGAAGGGAUUCUACGGGCCACCGGGCCAGCAGGGCCCUCCGGGCGCUCCGGGCCAGGUCACUGACGGUGCCAAGGGGAACGCCGGGCCGGCCGGGCUGCCUGGGCUUCCCGGCCCCGAGGGGGUGACUGGCUUCCCAGGGACGCCUGGAGUCGGGGGACAGAAGGGCGAGCAAGGCGGCCCCGGCAGCCGCGGCUCCCCCGGGUUCCCGGGGCCCCCGGGCGAGUCGGGCCCCCCCGGCCUGCUGGGAGCCCAGGGGCGACCCGGCCUGGAUGGAACAAAGGGAGACCCGGGACCCCAAGGGACUGUGGGAUUCCCAGGAGAGAAGGGCGUCCCGGGACAGCCUGGAACACGCGGAAACCCCGGGGAGACGGGACCGGUCGGGCCCAUUGGUCCUCCCGGAAUCGCUGGGACACCUGGAGAGGUCACCAUCAUCAAGGGAGACCCGGGGCAGCCAGGAUCAAUUGGGUUCCAAGGGCCCAAGGGACCUCCUGGUCGUCAAGGAGACACUGGCCCUAAAGGUUUCGUGGGCCCUGAUGGGCCGCCUGGCCAGGACGGGUUCCCUGGGAUCGACGGGAGCCAGGGGCCCAAAGGCAACAUGGGUACUUCAGGCGACCCGGGCGAGGUGGGUCGUCCCGGGCCGCAGGGCGUGGACGGGAUGCCCGGCUCGAGGGGCCCUCCCGGCAAGGCCUCCAUGCCGCACGGCUUCCUGGUGACGAGGCACAGCCAGGCCAAAAGCGUGCCCAGCUGCCCCCAGGGCACCGAGAAGGUCUACGACGGAUACUCGCUGCUCUACGUGCAGGGCAACGAACGCGCGCACGGACAGGACCUGGGCACGGCGGGCAGCUGCCUGCGCCGAUUCAGCACGAUGCCCUUCGUCUUCUGCAACCUGAACAACGUGUGCAACUUCGCGUCGCGCAACGACUACUCCUACUGGCUGUCCACGCCCGAGCCCAUGCCCAUGAGCAUGGCCCCCGUCACGGGACCCCACGUGGAACCCUUCAUCAGCAGGUGCUCGGUGUGCGAGGCAUCGGCCAUGGUGAUCGCCGUGCACAGCCAGUCCGUCACGGUGCCACCGUGCCCCGAGGGAUGGGCUUCCCUGUGGUUCGGCUACUCCUUCAUGAUGCACACGAGCGCCGGGUCGGAGGGCUCGGGCCAGGCGCUGGCGUCGCCGGGGUCGUGCCUGGAGGAGUUCCGCUCGACUCCCUUCAUCGAGUGCCACGGGCGUGGCACCUGCAACUACUACGCCAACUCCUUCAGCUUCUGGCUCGCCACCAUCGAUGGCAGCAACAUGUUCCGGAAACCGCAGUCGGAGACCCUCAAGGCCGGCGACCUGCGGUCACGCAUCAGCCGCUGCCAGGUGUGCAUGCGUCGCACGUAGCCAACGCGCGCGCACGGCCGCCAAACCCACGUCGCCCACGACGUCGGCGCCACAGCUUCCGGCGACGCCGCAGGUACCGCCAGCCCGCCCGCCCGCCCGCUCGCCACCACUCCGGACUCCGCCCCGGUUCCACGACCAACCGUCUCAUCAUCACCAGCAGCAUCCUCGCAACCCCGACGCCGUGGCCGUCGAUGGUUCCUGCCAGCCCCAACGUCGGCUGGACGUCCUCGCCGGCUUCGGGGAGCGGCCACCUCGACCCCUUUAAUCCAGCCCCACGGGUACCUGUUUGGCCUUCUCCAGCCCCCGUAGUGUACGGAGACCAAAUAUUUUACUUGUUGGUACCGCUCGAGAUGGUAAAACUUGAGUCGUAGCAACGUCGAUUAAUGGCCACUGAAAGUAAAUUACGCACGAACCAAAAUUGCGUGUGUUAUUAUGCAAUCCACUUUUUUUUUUGUACCUUGUGCAGAAACCGGUUCCCCUAAAAUAUUUGCCACCGUCUCUGGACUGCCGCAGCCACGUUGCCUCAACCCCUUUGUUGGGUCCUCACCUGCACCGUGGGUCAUCCCUGCGUCUCUUAGCCAAGCACGCGGCUGGCUGGCCGCCUCAACGUUCUCCAGCCACACACAGGCUGGGUGUCCGAUCCUCACCGGCGUCCAGAGACAGCCAUUACCCCCCUCCCCCCCGCCAGCUGGCUGCUCGUGUGUCUCCGAACGCCACCGCGAGCUGGUCCACCCUCACCGGGUCCUACGCCGCAGCCACUCCCACCACCGUGCCCCCCUCUCCACCACACGAUUCUCAGGCCUGGAGCGGUGAUCGUCAUCCUAUUGUCGCAGUCGCAAACUCCAGGUGCCCGGCCGGCACUUGGGAGGCAGACCGACAUCAUUAUUAUUAUUUUUUUUUAAAGAGAGAAAGUAAAACAGUCGUACGUGACGUUAAAUGAAGUAAAAACAACAAAGGUAUACAAUACUGAACAACAAUGGUGCUUAUCGUUAUCGUGAUGUGUGUGCAUGCACACGCUAUAAUCUGUGUGUAUUUAUAUAUAUGAGUAGCGUAAACACGGUGCAUUCGGAAAGGAGCACGAGUGGUGAGCGGGCGGGCGGGCGGGCGGGGAGGCGAGUGAUGCAUUGUAGCGUUCGCUUCUUUUGACUGCGGAGAGCAGCACAUGCCGGCCACGCAGGGCCCGGUCGGGAUCAUCCCAGACGCAACAACGCAAACAUGCGGCUGGCCAAUCACACGCCGAGCCAUUUGACAUCGGCUGAGCAGAUUUCAGGUGACGAUGGGUGACCAUAUCGCACCGCAACAAAAGUCUACGCUAUUCUAUAUUGAUAAUGAUCAUCGCGAGCGUGCCAAGGCAUUUUCUUUCGUGAGUUUAGUUUGUUGUCCUUCCCCCGCACCACCGAUUAGCACGGUUGGCUACAUGCGGUGCAGAAGAAUCCAUAAUGCAGGUUUUUUUUUGGGUUCGAUCACGAUCUAAUAUCAUCCGUAAUAAAUAAAAAAAAUCCUGUAUUAUGCAUGAUAUUGAUCACGAAAGCAUCCACGUUAAACUGGAGCAGAAGAAGUUCAACAUACAUAACGUGCGUACAAAAGCCCGUUGAACCUCCUGCAUUCGACGAACACCGGUCAACGGAGCUCGGGGAUGAUUAUUCUCGCAAGCGAGACGCCUGUUGCGCUCAGGUGCCUGGUAAAACGUUUACAACUUCGUGCAGAACGAGGUUUGCGUUGGGCUGUGUUAGGACGUCCGCAGCCAACAUGUUGGGGAUGAAAGCUAACGAGGGAGCACACCCGUGACCGUUUACGCUCUCGAUCAGUUAUUGACCACGUUGCAAAGAAGCCAUGUGUGAAUAUACGUUUCUAUAUAUGUGUGUGUGUGUGAAUUGCAGAGGAAGCAGGGCACGUUCAUGAGACGGUAAGAGGAAAUCACGUACUUCGGAACUGAGAGAGUGUAGCCCGCUAUGCAUUGAUAGACAUCAGUCACUGGACUUCCAUGAGGAAAUAGGAGAAGUAACUCAAACCUAUUUUCGACCUUCCCAGGACACCCAUGAAAUAGAGCCUAACCGCGUUCUUGCUGAAAAUAAAUAAAAUAUAUCUUUUCAAAUAAAAAAGCCACCUUUUUCAUAUUUGUAUCCAUUUCGUGAAUUCCCAUUUUCCCAAAGUGGAAUUUUCACCUCCAGAACAGCCCAAUUGCUGUAAGCUUCUUGUGGUUAUUUCCACAGUAGCUGCCUCAUUAGACCUGCCUGUGAUUGGAUGGAAUUCAUGACAUGUAGCUUAUGAGUUAGCCCUCUCAUCAACUGCUUCUGCAAUGCAUGAAUUUGAAGGGGAAAAAAUGCCAACGUGUCAGAACGUGUAACAUAUUCGUCCAUCCUAUUGAAAAUACUUGUGGUCGAUUUAUUAGUGCCAAUUAAAAACAAAAGUGAAAAGUCAAGCAGGUAAAUAGUAACAAUGUUCAUGUUUAAUUCAACGUAUGAUGAAGAGUAAAAUUCUAAAAAAAAAAAGUCAUCCGGUGGAGGUAGCCACCAAACGUCGAACAUAUUUUGUAACAAUAAGGCAUAAGGCCCAGCAGGGGUCAUGGGAUUCCAAAGCCAAUGAUGGGGCCGUAUCAGUGUCAGAAAGUGGACUUGUGAGGCCCAAUAGCUUCAGGAAGUGGCAUCACGAGUGCACAGGGGUCGUUGAUAUGCCGUCCUUUCCCUGCUUCUGUCGCAACCUUCGCCACAGAAUAAGGUCACGCAUCAUUUGAUGUACCGCGCACCUCAAGUUACAUGGUAACUCGACCGUUUGUUUUCUCUCGCUCUCUCCCGAGUUCCUCGCCUCCACGCGUCACCCCCUCCGUGCAUUCACACCUCCGUAGGCCAUCCUGAAAGCCAUCGAUCAUCGUUUCGCCGCACUUCCAUGUUUGACUUUUACAAACUUCUACUCCCAUCGUCCCUUUGAGUUCUUCCGCAUCGCCCCGUAAAUCCACUGCAGCUUCGCAACGCUAUGCAACGCUAUGCAAGUCGUAACCGGAUGCUGUUGCAAUGGAAUCUUAACGACCCCUGGCUAUAAACGUGAUAUAAAUUACAAAUGGUUUAAAGUAAAUGUUAUUUCAAUCUAGAUUUCGAAUACCAAGUGAAUUGAACUUUCCUUUUUCAAAAUAAUCCUAAGAAGAUACACACACACAGUCAGCACGUGAAUAUACAUUAAUAUACCUCAAUAUAAUAAGGAUGUGGCGUUUGCAUGCAGAGUAGUACAAGACUCACAGUUGUAAUGAUCCUUCACUCUUGAUUAAAGGAAGGGCAUAACCUAAAUAACAAGCAACGUGGACCCCACCUGUUCCAUCUGUACAGGAUAGAGCGUUGCACCCUCGCACGCAUGGGGUGCCUCCCGAGCGCUACGGUUUCUUUCCCACGUGUAAGCGCUCAUUAAUUGGCCGACAACGCCCUCAUACGUAGAGAACCGCAGAGCUUGGGCAAUCGUUGGCGAUCGACUCACCUUCCCGCUGCAUCUUCCGUUUGCCUGUGGUUCCUGCGGCUCCUCGCGCGGCACGGGAUUCGCUCGCUCGCGAAUACCGAGCGCUCGAAGGAUGUGCUCUAAAACCGGCGAUAAUCACGCUCCUUUGUGGGUCGGUGAGGUUGCCGGAGCGCGCUCCGCACACGUGCUGCCGAACUUUGUCAGCGACUAACUGGGCAGACCAUUUAACAUUUAAGCCAAGCUAUCGGCAGGCCGGUUCAGUUCAAAUACCCAUCGAGGCCUAUCUUGUUUGUGAGCGUGGUGCUGCAGCCACACGACUCGCACACAACGACAAAGGUCUCUGCCCCGUAGCCUAAACAGACUGUUGGGGCACGUGUCGUCUCCCCCAGCGACAAUUAUUACGGAUCCCACGGGGUACUCAUUUGAGGCCGAGUCGACCUAGGGGAGGUGCAGGACUGGUUCAGAUAAUCGCCACCAAAGUUGGUUCGCGAGCGGGGAUCGAACUCGGGUGACCGGGUUCGUACGGCAACGUGCUCACCGCUUUCGCUCCCCGUGACACCGCUCACACACCCGUCCGUAGACUUCGCUGUCAUGCAAGAUCAGCGUCGUUUU